AACUUAUUAGCCUAUUAAUUUACGGGACCCUAGAUGGAAAACUGGAGGGAUUCUACGGCGUUGAAAUUUAGCAAAAUUAUAUGAUAUGAAAUAGUUUGAAAAUCGCGUCUAUUUUGAGUUUAUGAAAAAUCACCUUUACCCUAAAUCCUAAAUCCCCAAUCGGAGCAUGAAAUUUGUAUUUGUAUGUACACAUGUACAAUAGCCGUGUUUAAAAGCAUGAGCGAUAGUUGUGAGCAGCAGCAGUGGCAGCAGUAACUAUAAAAGCAAUAAAAAUUCUCAUCUCUCUUUAUUAUACUUGUAAGUGCUCGCGAGAGAUGAUGAUCAAGUAUUAUCACAGCCGUAUUAUUGAACAUGAAGCCCUAAUGAAGUAUGGUACGUUCACCCAAAAUGGCAGCGAGAGGGCUGCUGGAAGGCCGAUCGUCAAAUUGUCUGAGAAAAUAUCGAAUAUUUUUUAUUAUUGUCGGUACGAUAAUGUGUGUACAAAUAUAUCUUGCAUAUUCCUUUUUUAAGUUACAAAAUCAAGAUCACACGUCAGUUCGCUCAUUUGAUGAGGUUAACUCUGCGAAGAUUGACAGGAGUGAUGGGUUACCACAACAAUAUAAACAAUUAAAAUUACCACCCGAUAAACAUGUCAUUAAUGGUAAUAAUAAUAAUAACAAUCAUAAUAGUAACAAUAAAAUACCAUUAAUACAAAAUCGUACAGUUAAAGCAAUUAAAUUAGAUAGAGAGUCACUGAGCUUUGUACCAAGUUGUGAUGUGAUAGGACGUGAAGCAAUAAGUGCUGUCACUCGAGCACGUAGUCAAACAUGUAAAGAAAUAAUUGUCAAUGUGUCAUGUUUGAGUCAACAGGGUGAACUUUAUCCUGAUCGACUAUUUUCAUCGUGUCCACAUUCCUUAGGUUUCAUCAGAACUCCUAAAAACUUAGGGUGUUUUAAAGAUGACAAAAUUUUAAGGAUUUUAUCAGAUUACUAUAUCGCUUUAAAAACAAAUAAUUCACCAGAGAAUUGUGCCUUCUUGUGUUUACAAUCUGGUUAUCCUUAUGCAGGAACUGAAUAUUCAACGGAGUGUUUUUGUGGUGUUGAUGAGCCAUCGUUUAUGAAGCGCCUACCGGACUCUAGCUGUAACUUGAAAUGUUCAGGAGAUCCUAAACAGUCCUGUGGUGGUUAUUUAGCUAUGAAUGUUUAUCGUACGGGUAUUCAAAAAUUCAAGGUUCAGGAAGCCAGAAAUUCAAGUAUCAAAACUGGUAUCGAAAAACCAGCAAGAAUAGCUUUUUUAUUAACAGUUAAUGGACGAGCUAGUCGACAAGUUAAACGUUUAAUUAAAAUACUCUAUGAUCCAUCACAUUUUUACUAUAUUCAUGUUGAUGCAAGACAAGAUUAUAUGUAUCGUGAAAUGUUGAAAGUGGAAAAAGUAUGUCGAAAUAAAAACAUCAAGGUAGCAAGAGGAUUAAAUUUACGUCAUGCUAGUAUAUGGGGUGGUGCUAGUCUAUUAACAACACUGUUGACAUCAGCCCAACAAAUGUUACAACACUCACCCCAUUGGGAUUUUUUGGUAAAUUUAUCAGAAUCUGAUUUUCCAAUCAAAAGUAAUAGACAAUUAGUAGAUUUUCUAACGUGGAAUAGAGGAUAUAAUUUUGUUAAAUCACAUGGUAGAGAAGUUCAACGAUUUAUAUCAAAACAAGGUCUCGAUAAGACAUUUGUUGAAUGUGAAGCGCGAAUGUGGAGAUUGGGUGAUAGGAAAUUACCUAAAGGUAUACAAAUUGACGGUGGUAGUGAUUGGGUAGCACUGAGCCGUGAUUUUGUUGAGUAUGUUGCUAGGCCAAAGCCUGAUGAUCUUGUCGCUGGAUUAUUAAAAGUGUUUCAAUACACGCUACUGCCUGCUGAAUCAUUCUUUCAUACUGUCCUCAGAAAUUCUAAAUUCUGUGAUACUUACGUUGAUAAUAAUUUACACGUUACUAAUUGGAAGCGUAAAUUAGGAUGUAAGUGCCAGUACAAAGCUAUUGUCGAUUGGUGUGGUUGUAGUCCCAAUGAUUUUAAGUAUGAUGACUUUAAUCGUAUACGCAACACUGAAGACCGUAAUUUAUAUUUUGCCCGUAAAUUUGAGCCAGUUAUUGAUCAACGCAUUAUUGAUAAAGUCGAACAGUGGCUUUAUCCAGAAAAAUAUAAUGACAGUAAAUCAAAGAAGGGUUAUGAUAUGUACUGGCAAAAUUUGUAUCAUCAGGCAGAUUUAAGUCCAACGUGUGAUGAUACCUUGCUAACCAUUUCAAACUCACUUGCAAGACUAACUUACGCUAAAUUUUCUAUUAAUUAUACUAAUAUUCGUCUUUUAGAAACAACUGCGUAUUUCAAAGAUAAUAAAUUUAAUGCUAUUUUAAUAUUAGCCGAAGCUGUAAAUCCAAUUACAGCUACUGAGACAGCUAAUUUAUCAAUUAAUAAUAAUUAUAGCAAUAUGAGUCGUAGUCAUAGUGGUAUUAGCAGUAACAAUAUUAAUAUUCAUAAUAAUUAUUAUUCUAAUAGUAAUAAUAAUUUUCCAGAACGUAUCGAAGCGUUAGUUACAUUAAAACGUAAUUAUACUGUUAAUAAAGCUUGGACAGGGCGCAUUAAUUGGUUAUCAGUUAAUACAGAUUACGAUCAAAAAGAGCAAACAUUUAGGAAUUUCGUGGGUGGUAUUGGCCCAGUAUCUAAUCCUAUUUUAGCGUAUGAAUUUGACUUAUCUCUAGUGACUCCGAGAAAUUUAACAGCACUAUGGAUUAAUCCCAGUGGAACUUUGGUUGAUGUUAGUUAUUUGCAAAUUGAAGAAUCAUCAUUGAUUGGUUCUGUUAAAUCGCAGCUAGAUGAACCAUUAGCUAUCGGUAAAUGGAAUGUUUUAUUAGUUACUGAUACAGUAUUAGCUGCUCAGUUAACAUUUUUUGUAACGCCACUUGAGUUUUGGAAGAAUCGUAAGAUAACAUUAAAAAAAGCUCGUGAAAUUCAUAACGGGUUUGUAAAUAGUAAUAAUAGUAAUAAAUCUGAUCAACGCUUACCACGUGAAACAAACCGUAAAUGGUUAGACAUUAUAAAAAACGCGGGGUUACUGUAUAAUAGUAAUAAAAAUGAUGAAAACAAUAAUAAUUAUCAUUUAAAAAAUAAUGAAAUUGACGAGAGAAUUGGACUGGAUUUAAAUAAAUGGAUCGAUGAACUUGUAACACAGUAUUACUCUAUUAAUGAUUUUUGCAUCAUUAAUAAAGGUCAGUUACGCAAUAAAAUAAAUAGUAGUGGUAAUAACAAUAAUAAUUAUUAUAUUAAUAAUUUAAAACAAUGUUAUCAAACUAAUUGGAGCUCUGUGAGUCCUGAUUCCAAGGCUGAUCUUUAUAAUUUAUGUGAAAAAUAAUUCGUACUAAUGUAUAUUUUAUUCCAUGUGCCAUCAUCACAAUGACUAAUAAUUAUUUUUAAUCAUUAAUCACUAUAAUUUACCACCAACGAAAAAACGAAAAAUAAAUAUAAACUAAAUAUUGUAAAUGAUUAAUCGCCUUUGUAUAAACUCGGUAAAUAUUUUUGUAAUAAAUG